AGAGGACGAGGGGAAGAGGACACAGAGGGAGAGUGGAGGAGGAGGAGGGAGGACAGAAGGAGAGAAGAAAGAGAGCAGGAGGAGGAGAAAAAAGAUCCCAAGUCCAGGAUCCUGUCCACAUAUAUGGGUUGCGUCCUGAGUUCGGACUGGUGCGGGGAGGAAGAGGUGCAACCAGUGCCGGUGGUCAGAAACUCGUCUCUGAAGAGGAGCCUGGAGAGGAGUGAGAGUGGCAGGAUGAGGCUUACAAAGGCAGGGAAAGGAGAGCCCCACGUCUUCAAGGAGAAGACUUUCAAGAAGAAGCGGCAGUGCAGCGUGUGUCGGCAGAACGUCGACACCGUGGGCUCCUUCUGCAGAGUAUGCAAAACAGCCACCCACAGGAAGUGUGAGGCCAAGGUGACCUCUGCAUGCAUCCCAGCUACCUCCAAUGAUUUGCAGCGUAGAGGGACCGCUCCUUCUCGACACAUCCAACACCUGGGAUCCACCAAAUCUUUAACCUACACCAAACAGAGAAACACCCUGCCAAGGAGCUUCAGCGUGGACCGCGUGAUGGAGCGAGUGAUGGAACGAAACUACGACUUCGACUUGACCUACAUCACCGAGAGGAUCAUCUCCGUCUUCUUCCCUCCGAAGCUGGAAGAGCAGCGAUACCGGCUGAACCUGAAGGAGGUGGCUGCCAUGCUCAAGUCCAAACACCAGGAAAAAUUUCUGCUGCUGAAUCUCUCUGAAAGACGCCAUGACAUCACCCGGCUGAACCCAAAGGUCCACGACUUUGGCUGGCCCGACCUCCACGCCCCACCACUGGAUAAGAUCUGUGCCAUAUGCAAGGCCAUGGAGAACUGGCUGAACUCUGACCCCCAGCACGUGGUGGUCUUGCACUGCAAGGGUAACAAAGGUAAAACAGGCGUGAUUAUUGCAGCCUACAUGCACUACAGCAAGAUCUCAGCUGGGGCGGACCAGGCUCUCAGUACUCUUGCCAUGAGGAAGUUCUGUGAAGAUAAGGUGUCCUCUUCCCUCCAGCCGUCCCAAAACAGGUAUAUCUAUUACUUUGGGGGCCUUCUGUCUGGGGCGAUCAAGAUGAACAGCAGCCCUCUCUUCCUCCACCAAGUACUCAUCCCAUCACUCCCCAACUUCCAGGGUGAAGGAGGUUACUACCCCUUCUUGAAAAUCUACCAGUCCAUGCAGUUGGUCUACACUUCAGGCAUAUACGACCUUCAAGGCACUGGAGGCAGAAGGCUGUGUGUGACUAUCGAACCAGCACUGUUGCUGAAGGGUGACAUCAUGGUCAAAUGCUACCACAGGAGAGCCCAAAGUGCUGACAGAGACACCGUGUUCAGACUGCAGUUCCACACCUGCACCAUCCACGGAUCCCAGCUGUGGUUUGGCAAAGGGGAGCUGGAUGAAGCGUGUACUGAUGAGCGUUUUCCAUCUGAUGCCACAGUGGAGUUUGUCUUCUCCUCCGGACCAGAGCGGAUCAAAGGCCGUGAGUACCACAAGAACGACCCGGCUGUCACAGUCGACUACAACACCGCUGACCCUGUGGUUCGCUGGGAUUCCUAUGAGAAUUUUAACCAGCGAUACCAGGAUAGCCUGGAAGAUAUUGCCCACACAAGAGGUCCUCUAGAUGGUAGCCUCUACGCUCAGAUAAAGAAGCGGCGAGGUCCUGGCUCUGGUUCUCUCACCUCAACCAAUGGCAGCAUCGCAGGGGGGGUUGUUGCAGAAGAUAGGCCUGAUCACCAUAUCACCCAAGGUUCUGACUCCGCCCUCUCAGCGCAUUCUUUCCAUUUGAACCAGUCUUCUGUCCAUCCAGACCACCAGGAGGAGCCCAUUCGUCCACCACCUCCCACCAGACAGGAAAGGGAGGAGCUCGAGCGCCUUCUUGGAGGCAUCGAAGGAAACCGAGAUGGAGAGAGAGAGACUGCUAUUUUGGAUGAUGGAGAUUCUAUUCAAUCCGAGAGAACUGGGACGCUGAGGCUCAGCAGGUCAUGUUCCUGCCGGGAUGGUUACCGGUCACAGCGCUGUGCUGAGCCAGGAUGUGACCGCACCCUCCUCAUGCCUAAUGGCUAUUGCCUCGAUCGGGCUCCCGGGACCAACGGCCAUCACGGGGCUCCUCCUUCAGCAAGCCCCAACCCAGCUGCUCCACCAUCACACAUGGAUCUGUGCCAACACUAUAGCCCCCACUCCCACCAGUCCCUCCCACCUCCAGAUCUAGUGUGGGACCGUCAGAGUGGCCCACCACACUACCUGCACCGCUCCUGCUCAGAGGCUCCGUCAUCACAUCAUAUCUGUCCUUACCCAUCAGCAGACCUUACCCCUCAUUCUCACAGCCACCCCCAUCACCACCCUAUGUCUGCCCCAGGUCGCCUCUGCUGUCGGGAAGAUGAGUACACACCCUACCACCACCCUCCUCCACCUCACAGCCACCACCAUCCCCACCCACACCAGAAACCCUCCACCAGCCCUACUUAUCAUGAUAUAAUGCUAAUGGAUGGUCUGCCACCUCCUGGCUGCCCUUGCAGGGACUGCAGCAUCAGGAGAGAGGACUCAGCGGCCUAUCACAGCCUGAGGUUGGACCGUGGCGACAGCUUCCAUUGGGACAGAGAGGCGGAGCUUCAUCAAAGGGAGGUGGGGCUUAGGAGAGCUAGGGAGACAGAAUUACCCAGGGGGUCAGAGCUCCACUGGGAGAGGGAUCCGGGGCUGAGACGAGGCAGAGAGCUGUCCCUUCAGUGGGAGCGAGACAGGGAGGUGGAGCUGCAGUGGGAGAGGGACAGAGAGGCGGAAUACUGGCACAGGAGAGCCACCGUAGCCUCCUACGGUCCACAGGGCCACGAUCUUCCAGCCUUCACCUUUGACCCCUUGCCAUCAGGUCACCCAGCUUACCCAGAGGCAUCAAGGUCCCACGCUCAUUCCCACCUGGACAUGAAGUACAGCAGCAGCAGCAGUGGUUAUCAGACACCACGUCAGCUGUGCCCCUGCUCACCUUACCAACCCUCGCCAUCUGAAAGCAGGGGCUACGCCUCAGGCUACCAGUCAGAGUCCACGUCACCGCUGCCUCCUGCUUCCUCUAUGAUGGGGCACUGCAGCCACAGCAGUGGACCAGCAGAGCACAACCACAACCACCAUCAUCACCAUCCAGACUCACAGCAGUCAUGCAGCUCUGACUCACACACUGAUGGUCUCCGUAGUUCUGGUGAAAGUGUGGGCUGGAGGGAUCACAUUACCCAUGGUUCCUUUAAGAGAGUCCACAGAGACGGCCAUGCCGCGUGCUCCACGCCCUCUGACAUGUCUGGAUCACCCACUCCUGUCCACACCAGCAGUCCUGUACACACACAGGAAAGCCCCAGUCCGGGAAGGAGGGAGUACAACAUUCGGACCACAGACAUCAUCAAUGACUACGAGGCUCCCCAGCCUCAGGAUGGGCACUGCUGUACUAACAAUAUCGUCCAGGAAUCUCCGGAAAGCCAGAGAAGCAGCACAGAGCCCCUGGAGCCGCUCACCAAAGACACGCAGUCACACACAGCCACACCCAAACAAACAGAAUCCACCAAUCAGCAGCAGCAUUGUAGCUCCGAUCUGCCCUCAGCUUGUGACUCUCUGACACCACCUACAUCAAAGCAAACACACUGCCAGACUCCCUCUUCUCCUGUUCAUUCUCCACCUAUACCAGAUGCACACCCUCAUCCUGGCCCUCUGACGCUCCAGACGCACACUCCUCCAGAAGCCGGUGUUCCACCGUCUGCCAUGGCACAGGAAGUGUCACAGCCUCAGAGCCAAAUCCAAGCUCCCAGCUGUGCAGGACCAUCUGUAGCACAGGUAAAUGGAUCCUCUCCGACCAGGGAGUCUCACCCAGAGGUCCCCAAACACACCAGCACUGCCAGCCCCACAACUUCUCCUGCACCAUCAUCCCCACAGCCUGGGCCCAGCAGCAUGGAGGGUUCCCCCGUGUCUGAUCCACCAGUUCCCGGAUUCGCCACCCUGGGUAGAAGGUUGAUGCUGAGUGGGUCGGACCCCCACCACAUAAACCACACACAGCAACAUGGACCCCUGCAUCACCACUACCAAGCCAGCGUGGAGCACAGUGCAGCUGUGGACAUUAACAAGAGGCACUGCAACUCUGCUCAUACGUCACAACUCCACCCAGCCUCCUACUCUAACUACACCACCAUCUCCAUCCCCCUUCCUCACCCCCAGCCACCCUUGCCAGAGAAGCGCCAUCCGCCCGGACAGUCCGGUUCCCCCAGCGAUGGGGUGAAGCCAGCUGUGGGCCAUGUUCCUCCCUCUACUGCCACGCAGCAUCAGCACCACGUCACAUUUUCUCCCACGGUGGGAGAAAUAGCUCCCCCUGCUGGUCAAAAUGACGGAGUAGAGGCCGAGACUGCGAAUCGGGUCAGUGUGAAGUUUGUGCAGGACAGUUCCAAGUUUUGGUAUAAGCCUGGCAUCUCUAGAGAGCAAGCAAUCGCAGCUCUGAAGGAGAGGGAGCCAGGAACAUUCCUAAUCAGGGACAGUAACUCGUUCCAGGGGGCCUAUGGCCUGGCCCUGAAGGUGGCUACACCUCCUCACAAUGUGAGCAACCACAGCAACAAAGUGAGCGACCCUCUGGAGCAGCUAGUGAGACACUUUCUAAUUGAAACUAGCCCCCGAGGAGUCAAGAUUAAAGGCUGUCAGAAUGAACCCUACUUUGGGAGUCUGUCUGCACUAGUCUACCAGCACUCUAUCACACCCAUCUCUUUGCCCUGCGCUCUUAAAAUCCCUGAAAAAGAUCUCAUCGGAGAGGUGCAGGAGGUUCAACCAGUCAGUAACAUCAGCACAGCUGCUGACCUGCUGAAACAAGGAGCAGCCUGUAACGUCCUCUAUCUGAACUCUGUGGAAACAGAGUCCCUGACGGGCCCCCAGGCCAUUGCCAAGGCAACAGAUGCCACACUAGGUCGUAACCCGCGUCCUGCCGCCACAGUCGUCCAGUUCAAGGUGACAUCGCAGGGUAUCACGCUGACCGACAACCAACGCAGAGUUUUCUUCAGGAGACAUUACCCAGUGAACAGCGUGACCUUCAGCAGCAUGGACCCAAAGGACCGGAGGUGGACUAACUCAGACAACACAACUGUUAAGGUGUUUGGUUUUGUAGCCAAGAAGCCCGGCUGCACGGCGGAGAACGUCUGCCACUUAUUUGCUGAGUUGGACCCCGACCAACCCGCUUCUGCCAUCGUCAACUUCAUCAACAAGGUCAUGCUGGCUCAGCGCCGAUAGAGGGAGACAAAGAGAGGAAAGAGCAUCGAGGGAGAGUCACAGGCGGCAUAUGCAGUCAUACCGCCAGGACCAUUAUUGUUCAUUAUUGGACCGGUGCCUUUGCUUUCUGAGUCUGAGGCUUCGUGACGAGGAAUUUUUUAGGUGUCUGAAGGCAACUUAAAAUCAGUCUGAGAUCCCUUCUGGUUGUUUAUAUUUGUUUCUUUUACAAGCCAUGAUGUACAGUGUUACAACUCCACGUUUGAGGAGGCUUCAGAGGAAAUGGCUUUCCAACAAAACAAGCAAGCAUCUAUCAAGGGCUGCUGUCAUGAAGUAAGAUUCCUCGCUUUACUCAGCUUUAGGUUUGCACUGUCACAAAGCUGGCUCACUUUUACCUUUUUCUUUCUCAAAUAUGUCACUUUUGGAUUAAAAACACAACAAAACAGCAGCAGCCAAACAAGGCUUCACAGUGCAGAGUCCAAAACCACUGGUGGUGUUUGUCUUCCAUAUACCCUCUAUGGACUUCACCCUUAGGUUUGAGGACCACUGUUUUGAAGCCUCAUAUAGACAUUAAUUGGAGAAGAGGGGAGAACUCAAGGAAAACCAGAGGAUGCUCCACGCCCAUCAGCUAACGACUUCUCAGUCAUAAGAAAUUCCUGCUUUGUCACCUGUUUCACUCUAAAUGGCACCAUCAUUUACAAAAUGAACAUCAUGCUGUGUUGCAGAAGAACACAAACUACCAAUUGAGAUCACAAACCCAUUAGGGAAAUAUUUACCAAGCUCAUAAAUCAAGUGAGAGGUAGGGUGAGUUUCUCUAAGACUUCGUUGCCCCCUACUGGCCAUGACAGAGAAUGCAGGUUUAAAGCCCCUCCCUUCUCUUUUGUACAGUCUGUGGUACCUCAGUUUCAUGAUGGAGCAUUAAUAGAUUAUCAGGGCUUUUAUAACAGCAUCUUAUUCCAUUGUUCUAACAAAAUUAUUAUUUUUAUGUUAGUGGGGGUGUCACUGUUUCCUCUUAUAUUGUCUUAAAGGCCUCCAUCAAAUGUUGCAGGAGCAUCUAAAUAUUGCUUUUUGCCAUGUAGCCUUGAUUAUUAGAUACAUGUUAUUACACAACAUGAACUGAAGUCAUAGUUUGGAUGAUAUUGUAAAAGGCUUAUAAUUUAGAGUUUCUCCUCUUUCUUUUGGGUGAGAAGCCCAGAGUUAGCUGAUGAUAAGCUUCAUGAUACCCAGACUCAUCACUGACAGGCUCGCUGAAGCCCAUCAGAACUUACUUGGUGAUCGAGGUCCCUGUUUUAAUGAUUAAGUAGCCGUUUUAUGACCUCCGCCCUGCCAGUGUCCAGUAAAACGAAAGCAGCUUUAUGACAGCAGUUACGAGGAUGCGUGCUUGCACUAUUAUGGGCUGUCAAAGCCUAAUGAAGUUCACCAAACGUAACGAUUUCCUUUAAAAAUGAAUGGUGUUAAUAUUUUGAACUGAUACAAAAUCUGCAUCUUUCUUUGUUACAAAGUGGCCAAAGCCCUGAUGAUGUAAUUUACUUUCUGUAUCUCGAGAUGUUCAGAUGUAUAUACAGCACCAUAUACAGUCGUGCCUUCAAUAGCACCUGUAACCAGUGUAACACCUUGCUGAGUCGACAAUCAUGUUUUUUUUUUUUUUGGUUUGUUUUUCUCACUCAUACACUUCUAGUCAGAGCAAGCGAGAGGAAUAACUAAUGAAAGGAAACAGAAAUGUGAGGCUUUAAGCCUUUAACAAGUGUAUGUGUUAGAGAGGGGUGUGUGUGUGUGUGUGUGUGUGUGUUGAGGGUGUUCAGGUAAAUAUGCGGGCUAAAGGUAUUGUUACGUCCACUUUUAAAGACUUGUAUGUGAAAUGGGGAAAAAGCUAGCUGUGGGAGGACGUAUAGAAUCAAAGCACGCUGCUGCCGUGAAGUUUCUGAUGUUUUUUUCCCCCACUGCUUCAUGUUAUGACCACAGGCAGUAUGAAAGUUAUUCACAUAUAUAUAUUAACAAAGAAAUACAAACACACACACACGUAAGCCAGUGGCCUAAAGAGAGAUGUACUUAACCAAAGACGAAGCACUCUUGUAUUAAUAAGCUUUUUAUCCAGUUAUAUUUUUGUACUUAUUACUUCUUUUAUUUUUACUAUGCAUUCAUUUAGUGUGUCGCCUUGUUUGGUAGGAAAAAAAAAAACACUACUUGUAUUACAGCGAUAAUAUAUUGUGAUCUGUUGAUCUCUGUAUUAUGUAGUAAUAUAUUUUCACAUGCAGCUAUAGGACAGCAUAUGAGACAUAAAAAGGAAACGUGUUUGUUUGAAAAGGUUUUUGUAUGGAAGAAAAUGAAGAAUAGAAUUAAACUGAAGUGAUGUGGUACCUAAA